GUGAUUGGUGAAGGGAGGAAGUUCAGAGGUUAUAAUUUUGUUGUCUUUGUGUAAAGGAGUGGAGCUCGAUCUCACAUCACUCUUCCCUCUUCCCCGAGUCCUUUCUAAACUCUCCCCCGGGUUUCUACCCUCCCGAACCUCUCCCCUUCUACCCUUACAACCCCAACCCUCCCCCCAAUCACUUAGCAGCGCACGAAUCAGAUCCAUCUCAGUGAUCAAAGACCGCGGUUCUGUACUGAAGGUUACAGUUGCAGUUAUGGACUCCGGUGUGAUUGAAGGCGGGCUCAAUGUCACCCUUACCAUUAGGUUGCUCAUGCAUGGGAAGGAAGUUGGAAGCAUUAUCGGGAAGAAAGGUGAAUCUGUGAAAAAGAUGAGAGAAGAGAGUGGGGCUCGCAUCAACAUCUCCGAGGGCAAUUGUCCUGAGAGGAUUAUUACUUUGGCAGGUCCAACCACUGCCAUCUUUAAGGCAUUUUCCAUGAUCAUUGAGAAGUUGGAAGAGGAUAUAAGCAGCUCGAUGUCAAACAGCACAGCUACCAGCAAGCCCCCAGUGACUCUGCGCAUUGUGGUACCUGCUAGCCAGUGUGGCUCCCUCAUUGGGAAAGGUGGCUGCAAGAUCAAGGAAAUUCGAGAGUCAACUGGUGCUCAGGUACAAGUGGCAGGAGAUAUGCUACCAAACUCCACAGAGCGUGCCAUUACCAUAGCUGGCACUCCCCAGUCAAUAAUUGAGUGUGUAAAACAGAUCUGUGUGGUCAUGCUUGAGUCUCCCCCUAAGGGGGUCACUAUCCCCUACCGACCCAAGCCUUCAGGAUCACCUGUCAUUUUUGCAGGCGGACAGGCAUAUGCUGUACAAGGACAGCACGCGAUUCCACAGCCAGAUUCUUCCUCUGCUGCUAUUUCUCCACAGCUCACCAAGCUUCACCAGCUGGCUAUGCAGCAGAGCCCUUUUCCCAUUGCACCAAGCAACCAGGGAUUCACUGGGAUAGAUGCUUCUGCUCAAACCAGUUCUCAUGAGAUGACCAUUCCAAAUGAUCUUAUUGGAUGCAUCAUUGGCCGCCAGGGAGCCAAGAUCAACGAGAUCAGACAAAUGUCUGGUGCCCAGAUCAAGAUUGCAAACCCAGUGGAUGGAUCAACUGACCGCCAGGUUACCAUCACAGGCUCACCUGCCAGCAUCAGUCUGGCGGAGUACCUCAUCAAUGCCAGUGUAGAGUCCUCUAAACCUCCUCCCUCCUCCUCCUCCUCCUUGAACCCUGAACAGACCAGCUUGUGCCCUCCCUCCACCUCUACUACUACUACUACCACUACUACUACUACUACUACUACCACCACCUCCUCUGCUGCUACCUCCUCCUUCCCCUCCUCUUCUUCUUCCUCUUCCUCCUGUGUGGUGCCCCCCACAGCCUCCAUCCCUCUGUCCUUGUUGGCUCCAGGGCCGCCUCCUCCUUCUUCUUCCUCCUCCUCUUCUUCCUCCUCCACUGAUUCCCUGCUCCCCAGCUCUCCUGCCUGUGUGUCGAGUCUCCUCAGUCUCAAGCCCCUGCCUCUCCUGGCCCUCCAUGUUGUCAGCGGGGCGAGUAACACCCCUCACUCAAUCCCCACUGAGCCCAAAGUCGCCCCCGAGCUGGGCUCCAAGUCUAAAAGACGAAGGCUCUCCCCUUACUAAUGAAGGAAACAUAAGUCAUCUACUACUAAAGUGCGGACAAAGCUCUUUGUUGUCUGUACCUGCACUUGCUUUUGUAUCAGGCUGUGCCAUGCCUCGCUUAUGAAAGAAAGCAGCCCCUCGUUUCAAAAUCAGAGAUGGUUGAUGCCAUAUUUAUAAAAUGUAGCUUGAUUUUACCUAUCUUAAAGAAAUGACAUGUUGAGUGCAUUAUAUUUUUAAAUGACUUGAACUUAGCAUGGACAGGGAAUAAUUUCACUAAUUUAUUGAAGUGUUUUUCAGUUUGUGUAAGCUCUGCUCAGGUAGCAGCUCUCUUUAAGAUGUCACUUUGUAUUUAAUCAGUUUGUUUGUAGCUAAUUUUAAGUGACUGUUGUUGGCUGACAUAGUGGAGUGUAAUAACUUUUCUUUUGAGCUAAUGUAAGAAAUGUACAACUUUAAUUCAAGGUUUAUCUACCCUCAGGUAUCAAAACCACCAAAUCAUUCUCUGAGUCAUGCUAAUUUUAAGAAUACAAGAACACCCACUGGCUUCAGCAUAAAACAAGUCCAUUAAGAAACAAUUAAAUAAUGAAAUGCUUUGUGUUUAAUUAUUGUAUGUGAUCACAUUCUUAAAACAUGCACAAAGAAAAUAAGUCUGAAUAUUAAAGUGCUGCUUAGCCCACCAUAAAAAUUGCAAACUGGAGUGAAACGUUUAACUCUGAUUAAAGAUUACAAAAACAAAACCUGCUUCUCACUUGUAGGGAUGGGAAUUUAGGGCCAGUUCCAAAGUUUCCAAAGCAUCAAUAUCGUACACCUCUAAAUUUGUCAGUUCUGCUGUCAAUGCUGGUAGUUACAGGAAAAAAUAGUACCUGUUGUAAAUUAACAAUGUCAUACACAGGUCUCAAGAAUGUACUGAAUGUAAGACUCAGAGAUCAUACUUUUUAAACACUGGCGCACCACAAAUUCCUUGUUCACACACAUUGAAAAGCAAAAAAAAAAAAAAACUCAACAUAAAGUUGCACAGUAGUGAAACAUCACCAGUCUUGCCAACUCUGCACUUGAGCGAGAUCUCUGCUCUGUAGCAGAAUUAGGCCUUUCAGCUCUGCCCCGCUGCCCAGUGAAAGCUAGCUGUGCUUAUGGGCCUGCUCCAAGUUCAAGUCAUUAUUAUCAAGUUUUAAAAAUUAACACAUCCUGUCAUUUUUAACUUUGAGACAUAAUAUCUGUAAAUACUGCUUAAAUUAUUGCAAAAUACGUUGAUUGGUAUUUUUUGGUUGAGUGGUUAUUUAUUUUAUCAGAGCUGAAAAGCAGGCUGGGAAAGUUCUUAGAGACAGAGUUGAUAUGUGUUCCUAAUGGGUCACUUUUUACAAAAUAUUCCAGAUCUGUUUCUGAAAACAGAAGAACAAUGUCACAAGAGCAAAAAAAAAAAAAGAAAGAACAAUUCUUUGAGUUUUGAAGAUCAAAACAAUUUGGGAUUGUAAAGCUGCUUGCUAACCUACUUUUAUAAUUGGGCUUGUAUUUUAUCUACAUUGUAUGGAGUUGACAUAAGUACUAAAAACUAGUAUAAUGUACUUCUUCUUAGAAAGUUGGAUUAAGAGAAUUUAAGGGAACUCAUAAAGAUCUGGAUCCAUAAGAAACCUUAAAGACAAUAUUUUAUCUUUUUCUUUUUUUUAAAUAUUUUGUCAGUUCCCAUCCCUAUAAGUUCCAGGCAAACAGCAGAGAUGGCAGGAAGUUAGUUUUUUUUUUAUAGUGUUACAUGACACCAAAAUGCAAAACCAUCUACUGGCUAUGGUUUAUUGUUUUAGUUAACAAAAAGGCAAGCGUUUACUUCACCUGUUUAAAAUUUGCAUAUUUAUGGCCUGUCUUUAAGGUAUUUAUUUUAUUUUCUGAAAGUUAAAGGCCCGCUAAGAAUGAUAAACUAAAUAAAUUAAAGUAAGGCAGCAAAUGAAAAAUGCUUUAUUUGUUGCAGUCCUACUUGAAAUAAAAGCCAGACCUGGUGUUUGCUCCAGAUUGCAGUGUUUAUGCAAAGCUGAGUUUCACAAUUACCUUUAAACAUGAGUGGUAUGCCGCCUCUAGUCCAGUGUGUGGCUAUUUAACACAUCCCCAUAUCUAAAGCCAGUAAAUAUCAGCUUUGACGAGUUCUUGGUUUUUAAGAAUUUCUCUCUUGCUGUAGAUGUCCCCAAACUGGAUAUCUGUUUAUAUCAGAGCAUAAUUUUCCUGGUUAAUAAAUUCAGAUUACACUCUUGUAUAGACGUUUAUUAUAAAUAUUAAAUGUACAGUAAUUGAUAUUGACAUUUAUCUUUUCUGUCUGAUUGCAUGCCUUCCUUUCUCUUUUUUCUUGGUCUCUGGAUGUCUCUGUCUGUUUCUCCAGGCUUUCCUCUGAGGCCACAGGAUUGGCAGCCAACUGAUAAGACACAGCAUCUGCAC